AUGAUGGUUCGAAAAUAUCUCCCAGUCAUUGCCCUGGUGCAGCCAGGUGUCGUCACUGCGAUACUCGAGCAAUAUGUCGAGGUGGUCCACACCAUCGAUGUCCAGGCCCUACAUGUCAACAAUUUUCCACCACCAAAUAUGACUGUCCAAGCAAUGGCACUACAGGCAGGCGUCACGGCUUGCUCUGUUGCCAAUCUUGUGGUCACAUCAUGUGCCAGCGCUGGUGCUCUCGCUACAACAGCUCCACUCGGGGAGAUGUUUGACUGCUUAUGCUGCUUCUCAGGCACGGCUCUCUACCCAGCAUACUCGUCAUGUGCAUCAUAUAUCUACAACUCAGUGGAGGGGGCCACUUCGACCUUUUCAGCAAUGUCGGUCAUCUGGGAUGGUUGCCUUUCUGUUAGUCCCAUCUGUUCCAACCGUCCAACGACCCAAAGGACGACCACGGUCGAUGCCAGCACCACCCGAGACGUAGUGACUGUUGGACCUUCAUCCACCCCCAGAGCCUGCGCCUCCUUCGCCAAUAUUGUACGAUCCUGCUCAAGCAAGAUCCCCAACUUCACCGCUAUCUCGGACAGAGAGCUGGCAGAGUGCAUGUGCUACGACCCUUUCGGCUCAUAUACGACCGUCGCGGAGGACUACGCGAGCACCUGUGCUGCCUGGGCGACAACAGGCAGGUCGACUGAUUACAGCAUCUUUGCAGCGUUCACUACAUUCUGUGAUGACUACCCACCUGGUGGAGCGACCAUCAGGGGAAGCGGCGGCGGCGGCAAUGAUAAUGGCGACAUCAUCCUCACCUCUGCAGGAAGCCGAAGCCUGGGGGGCAAUGGCAAUAUUGUUGAUCUCAUCCCGACUGCCUCACCGACUGAACCUCCACCCAAUGACGAAGAAUCCAACGCAACCCCAACGCCUCCACCUUCGCCCUCUGGACCUUCCGGCGCCAUGUCCUUGCGAGAUGCAAGAUAUGGCCUGCUGAGCUGGAUCAUGCUGGCUUUGUCGGCAUAUAUGCUCUGUUGAGAGCAUGCUGAACACAUGACACUGAAGAGCAGAUCAACCUCAUAUGAGAACCGAGUCGACAUGGCAAGGUAUUUUAGAAGGGUUUUCAUAACAUCCAAUAAUCCGUACCCCUAUUAUGUACACAUGACCCAGUAUUUACAACACUAAUUACAAUAUUUGUCCCUAUCUAUCCUCUUUA